CAACUGGACAUCUGGUCAACCAAGGAGGCCAAUACGAUCAAGGGAACAGACGGUUCUCGGCUUCCGCGGGGCCUGCGAUUGGGUGAUUUGAAGGAGGUCUUCGUGCCAAUGUUGUGCCGGCCACUGAAAAUGACAGCAAAAGGCUUCACACACCCUUCACUAUACGACCGGCUCAAGGUCCUUGAAUUCCAGCCCGACGCCUCCACAUUCAACGGCAGUCACGAGACCUACUGUCCGAUCACGGUGUCAGGACCGCCGUGUCCGCCAGCAGGCCUCUUCGACAUCUCGCAGUGCUCCUUGCCCGGCCAAAUCUCGCCGCCCAUCUACGCCUCGAUGCCGCACUUCCUCCACGGCCACGCCGACCUGCGCGCGCCGUUCAAGGGACUCCGCAAGGCCAAUCCACGCAUCGACACCAAAACUGGCAUUUCAGUAGAGGCGCAGCUUCGACUUCAGAUUAACGCUUACAUCGAACGAACUCCCGACCUAGCGGAUGUAUUCCUCAACGUCACUGAUCGUGUGUACCUGCCAAUCGCGUGGUUUGAAAAAAACGAAGGCGGCAGCGUGGAUACGCUGGAGGUGCUGCAUCACAGCCUGGAAAUCCAGCCAGAGCAAAUUCGACAAAUCCUCUACAUCGUGUUCUUCUGCAGCGCCGCGUUCUUUGUGCUCUUCACCAUUGGCUCCGUCGUGGUGCCAUACUCCAAUCGCACUUCUGACUUCAACAAGAACCCGAUCUGUCAAUGGGCAAGAGUUGCUUCAUCCCCGACUCCAGCAAAGUGGAACACCUGGUACCUGACGUCGACAUGGAUGUUCAACACCUCUGGCGCUCAAACCAUCAACAUGGCAACUCAGCGACUUUGUGUGGUCUGCGGAGAUGAAGAUGCAUUCAGCGAGCGACCACCGCAAGUUGUCCACCAAGCACUUCAAAUGAGCCUGCUUCAACCUCUACGACGCAAACUCAGUUCCAGGAGGACUAGCGCGACGUGA